GUCCCACACACAGCCUGUUCUUCACGUUAUCCUGGUUGGCAUCCUCCUCGCUUAAGACGAAAAGUUGAUGGAAGCGUUGCGUGCAUCUCCCUAUCUCUAUAUAUGAUGGCCUUCCUCCUCCUCCUCCUCCCUCACAAAGCCUGACACCAUAAAAAGGCUCUGGCCCGCUUAUUGCACUGUGGACACUCGCAAGCCACUGCCAUGGGGAUCUGCAGCUCGUGCGACGCCACGACGGUGGUGGCGGCCACCGCGACCGCCAAGCUGGUGUUGCAGGACGGGAAGCUGCAGGAGUUCGCGCGGCCCGUGAAGGCGUCCCACGUGCUCCAGAAGGACCCGAACUGCUUCGUCUGCAGCGCCGACGACAUGGGGUUCGACGACUUCGUCUCGCCCGUCAAUGCCGACGACGAGCUGCAGCCCGGGCAGCUCUACUUCCUCCUCCCCGUCUCCAUGCUGCGGCGGCCGCUCCACGCGGAGGAGAUGGCCGCGCUCGCCGUGAAGGCCAGCGCGGCUCUCAUGGACUCCGAUGGCUACCACUGCCGCGGAGGACCUGUCGGACGCCUAGUCUUCCCCGAAGCUUCCGCCGACGUUAUAAGGUCGGCGGUGGCGCCGGCACAGCGCAGGAGGAGAGGGCCCAGCUCCAAGAGACGAGGUGGCAAGGGACGGGAUUUCAAGUCCGAGUUGGGUGGCAUUCCGGAGUAGAGAAGAGUGUGGUGCCGCUUCUUGACUCGGCAUUGAUCAUAAGCUCGUCAACCGUGAGCCACGAAGGGAAGGGCACCGAGCAGAGUCGAAGACACCGGUCGAUGCCAUGUUCAAUCUGUAAAUCGCAACAGGAGAUACACAGCCAUUACAUGUCCUUUUCGGCUACUACUCUUCAUGUACAUAAGGUUAGAAUCGGAUGAAAUGGACGCAACAAAGGCUGAGUCUACGGCAGAAUAUUUCGCUCUCUUGCCUCGCUGUACAUUCAAUGUCAAUGUGGGGUCCGCAUCGAAUACUUGUCGGGCUCGUUCAUUCACCGAAGGAGAAGUCUGGGUUUGUCAUCGGCUCCGAAAUGGCUGGCAAUCUCCCGUGCUAAUGGAAUUAAUUAAGACCAACCUCAUGCACAUAUGGGAAAUGAUUGACUUUAAUUCGGUGACCACAAAUCCAAUUAGAUGUGGUCUGACAAGGGAAAUUACCGAGAACCCAACAAAUUGCGUGGUCUAAUCAAAUCCAUGAGUGAUUGAUGCUCGAUGAUUGAGAUGAAAACACUGAUAUCUGUUAAUCAUGCAGAAUGAGGAGACAGAAUCCAACACAAGAUACCAUAUAUGAUUUAGCAAGUCAACAAAAUCUUAUGUGCAUGAGAGAAUCGAUUUUAUCGGUAAUGCGUAUUGGUCGCAUGUGGAAUACGAUUACAAUGUCAUCCGAUUAC